AAUUUAUAAUAAUAUGAAGCUCCAUCCUAAUCAGGACAAGAAAGUCUUCCCAGUCACAAGAGUCAUAUUUAAGAAAAAGCCAGUACCUGUUUCUGAGCUGAAAGAUGGGUACAUUAGAAUCAAAUUUUUGGAAUGGCCAGUAAGGAAUUAUAAGAGCUGGCCUGAGAACACAAGGUAUUUCGUAAAGACAGCUAUAUUGUCUUUCACUCUGAUCGCUAUUAUUUAUUACCCUGGACUUUAUAUUCUUUCGCAAGUGACAAAGAACCAGGUACUAUCCCAAGCUCCUGCAGGUACUGACUUCAAAAGUGUUCACAAGCACAGAAAAUUCAAAAGGAACAUGAUCAAAGAUGGACUCCAACUUGAGACUGCCAGUGAUAGCUUCUUUGAGAAGGUUCAGGAGAGAAAUAACCCUUCUUUCGUUAAAAGACCAAGCGAGAAGAAGGGACCAAAGGAUUCUGAGAUUCUAUAA